AUCGCCCUUCACGGCUGGUGGAUUAGUGUGUUUGACUGUGGGUUUAUUAAUGUUGUGUUGUUCAGUCAGGGAAACGCAUUAUCUGCGCGGAAACGCACACACCGGCUCAGAUGACGGUACUUUCUCCUGUCUGAACAUCAUGCUUCCCCGUGCGGGUAAAGACUUUCUGGUCCGCAUACGGUUCUCCUGGAGGCCGUUCUUCCAGGGCCGCUAUCUGCUGGUCACCAAUAUCAUGAGUGGAGGGGUGAUGCUGUCUCUGGGAGACAUCCUGCAGCAGACUCGGGAGAAACACAGGGAUCCUGGCAAAAUCAGAGACUGGAGCCGAACAGCUCGCAUGUUUGCCGUGGGCUGCUCCAUGGGUCCACUCCUGCACUACUGGUACAUCUGGCUGGACAGAGUGUACGCGGGCAAAGCUCUCAAAACCCUGGUCAAGAAGGUUGUGGUGGACCAGCUGGUUGCUUCCCCGACUCUGGGCGUGUGGUAUUUUUUAGGUAUGGAUCUCAUGGAGGGGCGCAGUUUAUCCGAAGGAUGGGCGGAGUUUAGAGGCAAGUUCUGGGAAUUUUACAAGGCAGACUGCUGUGUUUGGCCCGCUGCUCAGAUGAUCAACUUCUACUUUCUCUCGCCCAAGUUCCGCGUCGUGUACAUCAACUUUGUCACCUUAGGGUGGGACACCUACCUCUCUUACCUCAAACACAGAAAAGACGACCCCCAUGCUGAGCUGGCAUCAGACAGCAACAGUGCGGAUGUACAGAAGGAAAUGCUGCCACAGUCCGAACCGUUGGAGGAGAAGGCUUAAAGAAGCUCAGUAGAGAUGAUACGUGUUGCUGUUUUUAUGCAUUUAUACUCUUCCUCCCUUUGGAACUGCUGCAGGACUGUUGUGUGCAUGCAACAGUGUGUGUUCCUGUGUUGGUCACUCAGAUUUAAACUGAUGCGUCUCUGGGAAGUUUGAAGUUAAAGUGCUGGUACACGUCUUCUUAACUCCCAAAGAGUUUAAAUGUGUCUGUUUAUGUGUGAAUGAUGUGCGCAUGGAUGAAAAGCUGUUUCACUGCCCUCAGGUACAGCACUUACUGUCAGAGUGAAUUGAGCGGCUGUUAAGGGGAAGGUUUAAAAACUCCCAAAAGUCAUUGGACCCAAAUUUUACAUCUAACUCUAGUAAUGCUUUUACUUUAUUUUUUAAAAAUGCUUUAUUUAAAAAAAAAAAAAAUCAUUUUUGAUGUGAGAGAGCUCUACUAAAUAACUGCUUCAACAAUAAACCAUGUCUUUGUACAUUGCCUUAAUAUAUCAUCCAGUGCUGCGCUUGUUUUAAUGUCAAUCGCUCCAUUUAACUUGUCCCUCUGAGGUCAAAUGAAGCAUGAUUAUGGAUGUAUCUUUAUUUGUCAUAUCACAUAGAAUAACUGUUGAAAAGAAGUCAUUUUUAACUGUGCAGUAGUUUUUCACUAGUUACUGUAAAAUUGACUGUAUAUUUCUACCAGUUUAAUUUAUUGAUGAUUUUGUUUAGCUUUGGCAGGUCCAGUGAUGAUUUAGUUUAUGUGAUGAUGGGGGGAGAAAAACCAGUAUAAAUGGUGUCAGCAUAAACACUGUGAGGGUGGGGAGUGACACCAUCUUCGGUGCUGCUGCUGUGUUCGUAUAAUGUAUUUAUUAUAUGAAGUAUUUUCCCAGAGUUCUCCACAUAAAAUGUAUCAUUGGUGUACUACCUGUGUAAAAUAACUGAGAAGCCAUGUAUCAGAGGUCUGCUAAGAUUUCUGAAUGCUGAAGAAUUUAUUUUCA